AUGUUUUUCAUUUUAAUUUUUAUUAUUGUACAAUAUAAUAUAAAUGCUGAAAAAGAAGAAGAAGAAGAAGUUGUUGUUGUUAAUCUUCGAAUUGAAGGAAAUGAAAAAACAAUAUUUGAAGGAUCAAUAACAACAAAAGGACAUCGAGUUACAACAUUAUCUGGUGGAACAAAUAAAUGUGAUGAAACCAAUAAUAAUCUUAGUCAAAUAUCUGGACCUACAUUAAUAAGUACUUUAAAUCUAGCUGCUAUGACAAAUGAUUUUACUUGGGAUGGAACAUAUAAUAAACUUUAUGAUGAUUAUUUUGUUACACGUAUUGAAAAUAAUUCUAUAACUGAUUCUAAAUAUUGGAGUACUCUUAUUGAUUAUAAAAUGACAGAAAUAGGUGGAUGUCAACAAAAAGUAAAACAAGGACAAAAUAUUCUUUUUGCUUAUGAUGCUUUUAAUAAAAAACAUUUUCUUAAACUUGAAACAUUAAAAAAAACUAUUCAAAUUGGAUCUCCACUUACAAUUAAAGUUACAGAUGGACAAACUGGUCAACCAAUUCAUGGUGCAAUUGUUGGAGAUAAACAAACAAAUAUUCAAGGAUAUAUUACAAUUAUAUUUUAUAAAUUAGGUAUUCAAAUACUUAAAGCUCAUCGUUUAGAUUCUAUAAGAUCUAAUCAAGUUAUCAUCAACGUUACUCAAUAA